AUGUUUAAUUUUCCAACCGUCCUAUUAGUUCGACUUACACGAGAUAUUUCUGCUUAUUUUAUUGAACAAGGAAAAAUGUAUUUGCAAGUUGAUGCACCACAGAAUGCGUUAACAUGUUUCGAUCAUGCUCGAAAUCUGGAAAUACAAGCCAAUGAACGAGAUAAGGGAAAGUUAAAUUCGAAUACCAAGGAGCCAAAUUGUUCACAUAUUGAUUUUCGUGAACAUCUCGAUAUGCUCGAAGGUGAUGGUGGAUUGAUUUCUCGAGCUAAAGAAGCUGUCCGUGCAAAGGAAUACUCUUUGGAAAAUUCUUGA